GAGCCCUCUGCGGGGCGGGGCGGGCCGGGAGCCGCCCCCGCCGGGAGCUGCGGGACCCGCAUGGACCGAGCCGGAUGAACAAAGACUUCCCCAGCUGAGCUAUUCCAGAGGCUCCUGAGCUGCCUGUGGGUAGUGAGUCAACAAAUGGUCUCUGUGAGCUGCCAGGAGCUGCUGCCCUCCUUGACCAGCCUCGAGAGCUUGACCAGUGCUCUGCAGUGCAGGAUGCCACCGUCCCUUCUGCCAGGACAUGGCAGUGAGAGGACAUCUGGCCCCCCAGAGGGCUUUGGCCACCUCCUGGCAGGCAGCACUAGCCCCGCUGAAGGCGUCCUGCUGUCCAAGGGGGAACAGCCCAAAGCCCAGCUCGCCGUCUGCGAGGCUCAGCUCAGGCUGCCCGACUUCUGCAGCAGCCUCUCCCAGGACUUCAUCCCCACCCUGGAGGAGAUCGAGGAGUUCCUGAGGGAGAAGGCAGAGUUCCUCAGAGAUGAAGGAGGAGGGAGGGACAGCAAGCCCGAGGUCAGCUCGGGUGGCUCUGGGGAACAGCCCGUCUCCGGAGUGCAGGGAGAUGCCUCAAGCACUGCUCAGCCUGGAGGGACAGCUGAUGGUGGGGACCGGGCAGUGGCUGCUGGGAGCAUCCCUGUUGUCCUCCAAAUCCAGCCUCUCCAGAUGGACAGCCACCCACAGGGUGUCAGGGUGGCCCAGCUGGUCAUCAGCCUGCAGGGCCCAAACCUCCCCCUCCUCCCUCAGCUCCAGCCCCCCGUGACCACCGUGGACCAAAAAUACGUCAGGAUUGCCCCCCUGCCAGUCCCCACGAGGCCUGGGGCUCUGGGGGAUGUGCAGGAGGUGGAGGCAGCCCCCGGGCACCAGCAGGGCCCCCCUGCCCUCUCCCGGAUCCACAAGUGCUCCCACCCUGGCUGUGACAAGGUGUAUUCCAAGAGCUCCCACCUGAAGGCUCAUUUCCGUCGGCACACCGGGGAGAAACCCUACACCUGUGCCUGGCCCAACUGCGGCUGGAGGUUCUCCCGGUCGGACGAGCUCUCCCGUCACAAGCGCUCCCACUCCGGGGUGAAGCCCUACCAAUGUGCUGCCUGUGAGAAGAAGUUUGCCCGCAGUGACCAUUUAGCCAAACACCUGAAGAUCCACCGGGGCCAGCCCUGCAGCCCACGGACACCUCAGGGGGGCAGCAGGAGGUAAUUCCUGCUGCUCAUCCCUGCCAAGAGGCCCCAGAGCCGAGCAAACGGUGCGGAAACCACCAAGGAAGAGGGGGAAAUGACUCUUUGCCAAAUGAUAGGAGAGGCUGUGUCAGCCCUCUGUUCAAGGAUGACAAUGGUCAUGGCCUGUUUCUGGUACUUCUGUCCUUCUCUGAAAUACAUGUGAUGGAAA